GAAGAAAAGGAGAUCGAAGUGGCGAAGUCGGCGUCUCGCAAGGUGUAAACAUGGGUAAAGUCGAUGGAAACAGGGAGCAAUGAGAAACCACUGAAAAAUGAGCCCCCACGGUGGAAAAUGGAAAGGGUAAAGUCAGGAACUAGCUAACGUACAAAAGGUAAAAAUGGAAAGUUCCAUUCCAAUAACUCCUUGGAGCCGCGUCCCCCGAGCCCCCCACCGUACAACCCAAACUGUGAAUAAAGGUUUUUUCGUCUCUGACGACUUUGGUCGCCGCCAAGGCCGAUUGCUGCUGCUCGUCUCUUUUAGUCUUUGUUCGACCCUUUCGAAUUCAACGGACAACGCACAGAAGUCUUCGCUCCCCACCAUGAUUAUGAAUGAACUGUCUUCACUUUGACUCUCUCUCUCUCUACCCACCCACUCCUCUUCCAAUUCUAAAUCAAAGUUCCUUUCUCUAAUACGUUUCAGAUAAUACAGUUCGUAGCAUCUGCAGACGAAGAACCCUGUCCACUCUGCUCAGGAUCAGAGAAAAACAGAGGAUAUACUUUUCUUCUUCUGCGGCGGCGGCGUUGAUCUGCUUUCACGCCAAGUGGAUUGUUAAGAGGUUGGAGCCAGCCAAAUAAGUGUAAAACAUGGCGAAACGGCCUUUUCGUGUGGUGUGAAACCUCUGAUUGAGAACUUGAUAACAAUGGCAGCUGAGCUGGGGUGCGUUUGUCACAUGGUUCUUCUCCAAGCGCCAGCUAAAACCCAAAACAAACAAAAAACCCCACCGCAAACAAACAAACAAAAAUGAUUUAUUUUCCUUCUUGACUUUUUGGUGCUACCGAAUAACCAAACCAGUCAUUUGUGCCUACCCGUAGUAAUGACGGUGCUAAAACUUUCAAUUUUUCCAACUACCUCCAUUGACAAGGACUCCCCAGCUUCUCCAUUGAAUCCCAAACAUUGAUCUUGCAACUUCUGAGACUCCAUUACCCACUUGCACUUGUACCAGAUAUUCUCAACAAGACUAAUAAUAAGUAACGAUGAGCAGCAGUGAAUCAGUACCCAAGUUCCCCAAUCAGCUCAUCUUCCUCGCUCUAUUGGGAAUCCUGGCAGCGUCCCAACCACAAACUGCAACUGGCGAUCCCAGAGCUCAAACGGUAAAUGUCACCUGCGGGAACCAAAUGGAGGCAAACCCAGCAAUCUUCGUCCCCAAUUUCGUGGCCACCAUGGAGAACAUCAGCGAGCAGAUGAGAACCUCCGGUUUCGGGGUAGCCGUAGCCGGUUCAGGACCCGACAUCAACUACGGCCUGGCCCAGUGCUACGGCGACCUCUCUCUGCUGGACUGCGUGCUCUGCUACGCCGAGGCCCGCACCAUUCUGCCCCAGUGCUACCCUUUCAACGGCGGCCGCAUCUUUCUCGACGGCUGUUUCAUGAGGGCCGAGAACUACAGCUUCUACCACGAGCACACGGGGCCUCAGGACAGGGCCGUCUGCGGGAAUGCCACGUCGCCAAUUGGGAACAACAACUCCUCGUUGUUCCAGGAUUCGGUGAGACGGGCUCUCUCGCAGGCGGUGGCUGAUGCUCCGGCUAGUAAUGGGUUCUCCAGGGGUCAGCUGGAUAUUGUGGGGACUAAUUCGUCGGUUUUUGUGCUGGCGAAUUGCUGGAGGACAUUGAAUUCGAGCGACUGCCGGUUGUGCUUGGAGAAUGCUUCGGAUUCUAUGAUGGGUUGCUUGCCCAGGUCCGAAGCGAGGGCGCUGCAUACCGGGUGUUUUAUGAGGUAUUCUGAUAGAGAUUUUCUCAACGGUGAGGUUGCAGGAACUGGCAGUUCUGGAGCAGUUCCGGUGAUUGUGAUAGUGGUUUCAGUUGUAAGCUGUAUUCUGGUGUUGAUUGUUGGUGGAGCUAUUGGGGGUUAUAUAUGGAAGCACAGAUACAUAGAGAAGAAACGAAGAGGUUCUCAGGAUGUGCAGAAAAUGGUGAAGACCCUGAAUGACAGCAGUUUGAAUUUCAAGUACUCCACUCUUGAAAAAGCCACAGGAUGUUUUGAUGAAGCCAACAAGCUUGGACAGGGAGGGUUUGGCUCAGUUUACAAGGGAGUUUUGGCUGAUGGAAGAGAGAUAGCUGUGAAGAGGCUUUUCUUCAACAACAAGCACAGAAUAGGAGAUUUCUUCAACGAAGUCAACAUGAUAAGCAGCGUGGAACACAAGAACCUCGUCAGGUUGUUGGGUUGCAGCUGUUCAGGGCCCGAAAGCCUACUUGUCUAUGAAUACCUUCCCAACAAGAGCCUUGAUCGCUUCAUCUUUGACGUGAACAAGGCCAAGGCAAUGAACUGGGACAGGAGGUACGAGGUGAUUGUGGGAACAGCAGAAGGUCUAGUGUAUCUUCAUGAGAAUUCCAAGAUCAGGAUCAUUCACAGGGACAUUAAGGCGAGCAACAUUCUCUUGGAUUCCAGACUUCGAGCUAAGAUUGCCGAUUUCGGCUUGGCUAGAUCUUUCCAAGAGGAUAAGAGCCAUAUAAGCACAGCCAUUGCAGGAACUCUGGGAUACAUGGCUCCCGAAUAUCUGGCACACGGUCAAUUGACAGAAAAAGCAGAUGUCUACAGUUUCGGAGUGCUGCUGCUUGAGAUUGUUACAGGGAAGCAGAACAACAGAAGCAAAAACGCUGAAUAUACUGACAGCUUAGUAACUUGGAUGUGGAGGCAGUUCCAAGCAGGAAGUGUGGAAGAAAUGUACGAUCCAAACCUAAUGUUGCACAACCACCACAACAGCAACGCCAGGAAUGAUGUGUUGAGAGUUGUUCAUGUUGCACUGCUGUGCACCCAGGAGAGUCCAUCUCUCAGACCAUCCAUGUCCAAGAUUCUGCAGAUGCUAACCACUGAAGAGCAGCUGCCUUCCCCAACAAACCCACCGUUCAUUGACGAGAAGACCAUGGAAAUUGGGAAUGGUUGCGAGGACCCACGUUUCCCCCUCAAUAUUGGCCUUUCUGAAUCAGUAGCCACUGUUGAUAACAGCUCUUUCCAUCCAAGAUGAGGUCUUUCUGGUUUCAACUGUGGAUUGGCAAGGGAUUAUUGAGUUGUAGAUAGGUAGGUUCAAAGUGGUGCCCAUUUUUUGUUUUUUGUGGUCGUAUGCGAUAGAGCUAAAUCAAUUCCCUCAUUCUCAUCAUGUAACUGGCGGGUCACCAUGGAUUAUUUGCAGUCUGAACUGCUGAAGUUAAAGGAACUGGGAAACUCGGAACAUAUUUUAAACAAAAGCCAAGACAACAUAUGAUAGAAUGGGUUCCUCAAACCUUGACAAAGGAAGUACUUCUGAAACUAAGGGCUCGUUUGCUUGUUGGAUUUGAAAAUGAAGGUUUUGAGUUUUAAAAACCUUUGGAUUUAUGAUGGAUUUCUUGCAUCAUGGAUUUGGAAGAGUACAUUGUUUGUUUAGUUGAUUUUUUAUCAUGGAUUUGUGAUGGAUUUGUCUCACAUUUUUUCCUUCUAUUGUCAAAUCCCAAAUGAAAUGUGGGAUUUACAAAUCCGUGGGGUCCACGGAUUUGGACUCCAAAAAGGAGUCCAAAUUCGUGGACCCCACGGAUUUGUGUCCCUCAACAAACAAACGAUUUGUGUCAACUCCAUGAUG